GAACAGGAGUUCCCAUUAUGGAUUGAAGGUGUCGAUACAACCUAUGCACCUUUUAUCCCUACAUCUACUCGACGUGUCCUCUUGGCCCUAGAAAUGGUUCGUCUUUGUUCCUCAGAUAGAGUCCUCGAUGUUGGAUCCGGUGAUGGUCGAUUCUGUUUUGCAGCAGCUCAUUUCUUUGGAGCCCAGAAAGCCAUUGGUAUCGAAUAUGAACAAGAUCUGGUCGAGCGAUCUACAGUAUUAGCACAGAAAUAUGUGGAUGAGGGCAGGGUAUUAUUUCAAAGAGCUGAUCUCACCAAUUGGAGACAUUCCACUAUCAUGCAAUCCAAGGAAUGGACAGUCAUCAUCGUCUUCUUAUCGCCAGAAGGGGGCACUGACAUGGAAGAAUGGCUCGUCCAGGAAUUCGAACGUGGUGUCCGCAUUGUAGCUUUGGUCUUUGAUCUGAAGCAUCUGAAAGGUCUC